AUGGGCGUGUCGCUCUGAUUUUUGAACUCUGCCGCCCUCCGUACUGCCAGGGUAACCAUAGCAACGGCAGUACGCUGUCAGACUGGCAACAUAAACGGAGAGAAGAAGAGGAGAGGUGAUUGUUAAAAAGCUACGUAAGUUCAGGCUGAGCAUCGUUAGCACGUUUGUUCGAAAACAAAAACAGCAGGUAUUAAAAAAGGAGAAUGUUUAAUUUUUUAAAAUUUUAGCCUUUAAAAACUGAAGCUAGAAAGCGGUUCUAAAUUUACAAAUGGAUUCGGGAAAAGUUGUGCACAGAAGAAAGCCGGGGAUCCCUGUAAUUGGUUUGAAAGCAUCCCAGAAGAGCCACCGCCAUCAGGAGGUUAAUGCUAAAAGUCUCGAUCUCAGUAAGGUGAUUUGUCUUCUUGAAGAUCCUUUGACAACUAACUUGAAGGAAAGGCACCUUUUUGUUCUGAAGAAACUACUGAAGAAAAGCCAAAUUGGCUUUCUUUUAAAAGAACUAACAGCCAUCGCAAAAAUACUCAACAUCUGCGCAGAGAAGGUGACAGAUCACCCCGAAUAUGUGUCCAUUCUGUGUGAAGCUCUUACAAUUUGUAGGCUUCCCUUUCUGAAGGAGAAGACAUCUGACGAGCUGCACUACGCUCAGGAUGUCACAGAGUUUCUCUCUCAUAUGGGGUGUCUGAUGAGAGUGUCUGAUGCCGAAGUGAGGCAGCUCAUAUUUGAAUGCGUGAAAUCAUUCUACAGCUCUGUGGCUCCCAAACAGAUGCUCGAUGGCCUCCAGCCGACCUCUCCAGGCUACAGGCUGCAGCUGCUGGAGCGCAGUGAGCUGGCUCAGACACUUCUCCUCUCCAUGGCCACUCUCGAAAACCAGCCCACCAUCAAACUGCAACUCCUUCACAUCCUUCAGAUCCUCUCCAGCUGCUCUGAUAUGAACUGUUCUUCAAUACUCCACGCACGAGGAGCAGAGACGGUAUGUCUCCACAUGAACGACCACGAUCCGACCGGCCAGGUCCUGUUCCGUUCUUCCGAAAUCCUCUGGAACCUGCUGGAGAGGGGCAACAAGGAGGUGGUCACCGCUCAGCUCGGCACCCUGGAGUGUGUCCUCUCUCUGAAAGAAGCAUUUUUUCACCUGCUGAACACCGGCUCUGGACAUUCAGACCUCCAACUCAGAAACGAUCUGCUCGUGAUCACAACUCUCAUUGCAGAAAGUCCAGGCUCACAGCUUAUUGAGAGUUCAUUUGCCAAACAGCUUGUGGUUUUCAGCACAUUUCCAGAGCUGAAAAGUCACAACCCUUUGAUCCGCAACCUGAAGCUCAGCUAUAGUAACGAAGACUUGAAAAUGAAGAAGUUGCUGCUGAAUCUGCUGGUUGUUAUGUCGAGGGACUUGGCUGCCCUACAGCUUUAUAAAGAAGAACAUGUUGUUCUGGCUCUGCUGGCGCUCAUGAAGCCGCCUGUCGCCUCCUUGUCUGAGUGUCAGUCGGGGUCACGACACUGGUCCGCUGCGCAAAAGGAGGAGCUCCAGCUGCAGGCGCUGGCCACCCUCGCCACCAUCGGGCCGCUCAUGUUGGAGGAGUACAUUUCCUGUGAGGGGAGUACCUGUCUGCUACUCCUGCUGGACUGGUGUGUUGGGCCAGAUUCUUACCUUGGCCAGGGUCACAGCUUCCACGCCACCGGAGGCAGAGGCGGUAAGAAGGCACAGACGCGGCACUGUAUCAGAGUGCUGAGAUCGGUGACUUCUCUGGGUGAAGAGUCUGUAAACCAGGACCUCUGUGAUCAGGGAAUCAUCAACCAGCUUCUGGGGAUUCUCAUGCAGAUAGACGCGGGUCCUGAUGAAGAUGAUGUCGUCGCUCUGGAGAUAAAGUCGGAUAUUCAGGUGAUCCUUUCAACGCUGUGUGAGACCGACAUGCACAGAAAGGAACUGUUUGGCUCAGAGGGAGUUGAGAUGGCGGUUCAUUUUCUGAAAAAAGGCUCCGACAAGUUUUACAGCGGCCUCGGACACAACAAGCUCGUGCUCUCCACAGUGGACUGUGUGUGGUCGUGUGUCGUAGGCUGCUACACCACAGAAGAUUACUUUCUGGUUAAAGACGGGGUGUUUCUUCUCCUCAACUUACUCAGUACAAGCCCCAGGUGUGUGCACGGUGUCGUCCUCGCCACCCUGCUAGAGUUAUGUGACAACCCGAACACGGUGCCGUACAUUCUGACGUGGAGGGACGGCAACGGACAGACGGCUCCGAGACUCCUGCUGCAGCUGUGGAGAGAGGAAGAGGAGGAGCUAGGAGUUCCUCGAAAUCAACAUGGAAGCAUCGCAGAUCCUCAGAGGCCCAUCCACAGUCUUUUCCAGCUGGAUGAAGCUCAGCUUUCAUUUCCUGCUAACGUGCCGAGUGCUGCAGUAUUGGAGAUGUCAGAGAACCUGCGAUCGAAGAUUUACUCCGUCUUCUGCAAAAUUGGGUUUCAGGAUCUUCCUGGAUUGUUGGGAAAAGAUUAUGUGACUCUGACCAUCAUCAGGAGAUAUCUAGACUUUAAGGUCGGUGAGGUGUGGGAUGAGAUCAGCCGGGAACUGAGUCUGGAAGGCGUGAGGCCGAUCAGCCCUGACCAGGAGGCUCUGAGCACCAUCUGCAAGAUCGCAGAGGACACGGCGAAGAGGAUCGUGGAGGAACAAAACAGCAUCCUGGAGCACCAUCAGAAGGAGGACAUCAGAGAAGAGAAACUCACAUACACAGAGCAUUUCAUCGGACACGUCGUUGGAGUGGAGAGCACGGACGCUCAGGGUCCAGCAGGAGUGAAGGUGACGCUGGUCAGAACGCCGGUCAGAGCCCCAAGUCAGGACAAAGGAGAACCAACAAUACCAAACCCAGACUACUUCAGCACGGCGUCUUCUGCAGACUGACGUUACCGAAGUCACUCUUAAUACAAGGCAUUCACAUUGUCAUGUCACAGCAUUUAUUGUGCUGUAUGCUCAUAAAAUUAAACUGCAUUAAUGUAAAGACUGCAUUAAGGUGUUUUACAGGACUUGUCAAGAUACAUGAGUAGAGCAGAGGGGUCAGAAAGUUCAUUACAACUUAAAGUGAACUUUAAUAGUUUAAAGCAGUCCAAAAUAACUGAGUCCAAUCGGCAAGAAGAUACAUACGUUUUGUUUUUGUUUUUAAACGGGGGGGAAAAAGGGCAGUGAAGGAGUGACUCAGUGCAAACAACCCACACUAAAAAAAUUAUAUUAUAAUACUCAAAAAUGCAGACUUUAAGUAAGUUAAUUAUGCAAGUUUUUUGUAAUUUUGUUACAAAGUGAAAUGUUAAACAUUAAACUUAAUGGUUAAAUGAAAUUUACUUAAUUGGUGGGCAUUCAGUUUAUACCAAGCAUGUUUACCUUAUUGAUUAAUAAUUUGAAUAAUUUGCAUUUUACUCACAGUUAUUGCUUCAUAUUUAUGAGGACAAGUACUAUUGUUUUGAGUGCAAGGUGUAAUUCUAGACAGAGUGAUGAUUAGGGAUUAGACACAGGUGGAGACUCAAAACUCCAGAGCAAAACAGAAGGAAAAUGAAGAGAAAACAACCUAAAGGUAUGGAAGUUUGUAUCCACCAUCUAAAAAACACAAUUUGGGGUUGUUAACUUAAAAAGAAAAUAGCUUAAAAUUGUACCUUUGCUCUGCCUGGCAAAAUGUUUUUUUCUUUUUCUGUUGCAGAAACAAGCUUGCAUAAAAAAAGACACGUACUAAACACAGAGACAAGAAAACUCACAUUAAACAUGAACCCAACAGCAUUAACACAGAGACGAGAACAGAUUGGGACAAUCUAAACUCAAAAUAGGAACCGAAGCAAAGUACAGACCAAGAUCUAAAAACUAAGGCUAGAACAAGAAAACCAACUUGUCAGGAAGAGAAAACAAGAAAGAUAAAAGAAAAAUAAUUCAAGAAAGCUGCUUAUAGUGUUUACAUUUCUGGUUCCUGUGGCUCUAGAGGGAUGCAGCAGAUGCAGACGUGAGGUCACUCCAUGUGUACAAUCAACAUCUUGUAGUCUAGCCCACCACCCCAGCCCUUUAUACAGGCACACACACACACAGUCUCUGUCCUUUCAGACAAUGUUACACUGGCUUACUUUAAUUUCCUGAAGACUUAUCUGAGCCAUAACCAGACUAUUAUAUUUUUAUUUAUUUACAUAUUUUUCAAGUCCUCUCAGUGUGACUGUGAGAAGCAGUAACUUGGCUUUCCUUUGGAGCUAACAUGACUUAUUUCGGUGCACAGAGCAU